UUUUGGCUUGUCUUCUGCAAUUACGGUGAGAGUCGGAUGAUCAACGUGCGCAUGAUGGUGUUAGUCUGACAUCCAGUCAAACCUUCGAAGGAGAUGAUCUAACUGCUCUGACAGGAAAUAACCUUGAUGCUGGAAAGCGGCUCUUCGUCUUUUCUGCUAAAUAUGGCGAGGAUGAAGAUGAAGAUGGCUGCUGUCUCUAAAAUAACUUUGCUUCUGCUCUGCAGCUCCAUCAUCACCUCCACAGAUUCAAAGGAUGAUUGCAACAGUUACGCCACAACAGGAGGGAACUUUACGGUGCUCCUUAACCACAAACUGACCAACCAAGAAAAAUUGAGAUGGAAGCAAGACACUACUGUAAUCUUUAAUCAAGGACCAUCGAAGUCGGGCAUCAGUGUUACCACAGGGAGCAAGAAUGAUAUCCAUCCAAAUGGAUCCUUGAGGCUCACGAAUCUUAAGAAAAACCAGGAAGGGACCUACUACCCGGAGGUUUACACAGCUGAGGGAAAGGCAGUACAAAAUUUAAAGAAGACAAUUCUAUGUGUAUACGAUCCUGUCCCGACACCUCAUCUGACGGCUAAAUGUCAAAAAUCCAAAGUCGAAUAUACCUGCACUGUUGGUUCGAAGCAAGAUGGUCUCAUUUUUGAAUGGCUUCAGAACGACAAGCCGUUGGAAAAGAAAACCACUAAAACUCUGUUACUAGACCUCAAACAGGCGCAAAAAGGUUCCGUCAAAUGCAAAGUCUCCAACAAAGCCAGCAAUACGACCAGUAAUGCUACUGAACAACCAUGCAAGACCGGUGGCUUUGUUCUCCCUGACAAAAUAUGGGGAUAUAGUGUCUGGAUUUUCGUGGGCAGUGGAGGAGGUAUUGUUCUGGUGCUGAUUAUCACCACCAUUGUUUGCUGUCUUUGGGCCAAGCGGAGAAAAAGCUUGCAACUGAAGGAUGAGGAGGAGCUCCGCUUGGGGUGGACCAAUACUCAGCAACCACACCAGCAUGAUCGUCAUCAGCAUAAUCAUCCACCCGAUCAUCCUCACCACCACCACCACCAUCAGCAGCAGCAGCCGGCCGGCCACACUGGUCCUCGCCAACACCGCACCAAACAGCAGCGUCCCAGAGCCCCCGAGCCCACCAACGGUCAACCUCAGCCCACCCCCAGGAGAGCUGCACAGACCCCCAGACCAGUCGUUAAUGAUGAUGACGAGCAGCCUCCUCCUCUUCCUCAGCCGAGGAAGAAAGCUCCCAAAACACCAAGAAUGUGACACGAUGUGAGUCUUGCAGUUUAUAAAAACUUAAUCACUCCUCUUUUUAUCUGGGUUCACCGAGGUCCUCUAUUUUCUUAAUUUUCUUUCCCAAUUUACCUCUCCUCACGUCUCCUCCCUUUUUCUCUACUGGCAUUUCUGCUCCAGUGAAGAAGAUCAAUUCAUCCACACGCAGUGGAGGACGAGCUGAAUUAAAUCACAUCACUGCGUUUGGGUGUUAAACGUCAUGAUGUGAUCAGAAUGUGGUGAAAAUCAAUUUGAAAUUUACUCUUUUUAUCAAGUAAUUUAUAAUCUCUCAGGCAAAUUAAAAAAUGCUUGUUAGCGCUGAACUCAAACUAUGAAUCUUCAUAAGCUUCAGUUUUAUGAUACAUGAUAACAUGAUGGUCAAACUUCGAAUGAUCCAAUGUGUUUUUUUGGUUUUAUAGUCCUCAUAAUCUUGUAUUUAUUUUCUAUUAACUAUUAAACUCUUUCUUUUUCCUCUCAAGAUAUUAAACUUUUAAACUAUCUCAUUAUUACAACUUAAAAAAAUUAAACACAGACAAAAAACAUUUAACUUUGUGUGAGGAGCAGUUUCCUUUCUCCUCUUUUCCUCAUUAGUUUUUGCUCUCUUCUCCUUUCUCUUAAGGAAGAGAGGAAAGACUCCAUGAUGAAACAGAUUUGAGAAACUGUGAGGUAUUAAAGGCCAUUAUUGCAAAAUAAUGAGGCAUAAAGGUUAUAUACUCAAACUAUUUUUCAGAGUGCUCUAUAAAGGGGUUUUUAUAAUUUGUAGUAUUUUUUUUUUGAUAAGUCAUCUUCUUUAUACUUGAGUAAAAAAAUGAGUACAUUUCAGGAAACUCCAUCUGUUGAGGAAGACCAUAAGGUUCCAAGAUGCCCAGGGUAUCUAUUUCCCUCUGUUUCCAGUCUUUACGCCAAGUUAAGCCAAGCAGUCGCUGGCUGAAAGUGAAUAAGCGGAUUUCCCUGAAUGUCUGUUCAGCAUCUUGUUUCCUAUUGUUUUUUUCUGUAUUUUUUUUUACUGCAACUUGAGGAAACAUGAGUGUGGUUUGCCACCAGGUCACUGCAGAGUAUCCAACAUGCUUGAUUUUUAUACACAAUAGUUCAUUUCCAGUCAUGCUGCAGAAAAGAAUGUCAGCUGAAAUGUUUUCAUUGUGAGAAGCACAUUAAAUCUUAAAAAUACAAACUUUUUUUAUGUAUACUUAUCUGCAGUUGUUUAUAAUGAUGUUUUUUGUAUUUAUGUUUUGAAUUGAUAAAGGAACUGUUGAUGUCUUUAAUGAAUCACAGAGAAAUAGGUCUCUGUACCAGACAAACUUAUGUUCUGAAAACACAGGCAAGUUUACCUGUUCAUAACAUAAAUGUCAUACAUGUAAUACCAUAAAGAAAACAUACUAGAUAACAAAAUCAUUCAAGCCUGCAUUCAUCUUUAAUUUAUCUGUACUGUCUUACUAGGGCAUUUACAUUGUAUGUAUCCAAUUAUGUACUCUUAGUGUGAAAACAUCAAUGCAAAUUGUGAAGUUUUCAAAUAAAUGAUGUGAUAAAUAACAAAAUUA